CUUCUGUCAGUUGAAGAUAUGUCUUUCCUGGUAUACAACUACAAAAUAAUAUUGUUACGGACUAUGGAGUACUACACUGUGGUAUAAUCUACAAUGGGCAAUGAUGGUCCCACCGCGAACCAGAAAUCCAAUAAACCACUCCAAAAGCCCUUUCCCCGGACAUUCCCCGACACCCCACGAACCCCCGCACCAGCAACAAAACCACUGAGACCAAGGCAGCAGCAGUUCCUGGUCACAACAUGUCCCAAACUACCCUUCAACUUCUAAAGAUCACCCCUUUACAUCCACCACUAUGUCCAAACGCAUCAUCAUCACCGGUGGCUCCGGCAAAGCCGGCCAAUUCAUCAUUGCCCACCUCCUCGCCCAGAACUACGACAUCCUCAACCUGGACCUGAACCCACUUCCCGCUCCCCUCAGUAACAAAGUCCAUACCCUCAAAGUUGAUCUCACCGACAACGGCCAAGUCCAUGGCGCCCUGCACUCCCAUUUCCAUCUCACCGAACCCUUCCGUGAACCCCUCCGCCAGGUCCCCGAUGCUGUCAUUCAUCUAGCCGGGUAUGCACGGAACAUGAUCGUUCCUGAUAACGAGACCUUCCGAGGCAAUACUUUCUCCACCUACAAUGUGCUGGAAGCUGCAUGUCGGAUGGGCGUACCGAAGAUCAUAAGUGCCAGUUCACUCUGCGCGUACGGGGUUGCUUUUGCAGAAGGGGAUGUCGAUUAUCCUUCGUUUCCGGUUGACGAGGAGGUAGAUACCAACCCGAUGGACGUGUAUGGUCUAACUAAAGUGAUUGGGGAACGUACAGCACGGAGCUUUGCUCGGCGAUUCGGGACCGAUAUCUAUGUCAUGCGACUGGGCGCUAUUGUCGCGCCGGAGGAAAUGCGGAGUCGGUUUGAGGAGUACGUGCAUUCGCCGGAGCAGUAUAAGGUGCAUGGAUGGGCGUAUACGGAUGCCAGAGAUAUCGGGCUGAUGUUUGAGCGGGGCAUUGUUACGGAUGGAUUGGGGUUCCAGGUCUUUAAUGCGGUGAAUGAUGAGAUUACGAAUACUUCAAGCACGGCGGAGUUUUUGCAGAAGAUGUGUCCCACUGUUCCGAUUACGAGGGAGAUGGGGGAGAAGGAGGCCCCAGUGACUAAUAGAAAGAUGAAGGAGUUGUUGGGCUUUGAGCAGAAAUACCGAUGGCAGGAUGAUUGUCUUCAGAAGUGAAGGAUAAAUGGUGGUGCAGAAUAAGGUAUCCGAUGGGAGAGUAGGUCGUAGACAUACGAUAGCUGCCUCAUUCAUAACCAUAGCAAUGGCUUAACGUGGUCCUCCGGGUGGACAACAUAUCAUAGCAUAUGUCUGCAUAAUUAUGACCUUUCCUCGAGCCCUUCAUUUCAGGUGCA